AGGGAUCGUCCGACCGUCCCUGGGAUCACCGGCUCCUUUCCAGUAGCGCCGGUCUCAACGUGAUCUCUGUCGUAACAACUUCCACAAUUGCAGUGCACACCUCACCAACGAUCUCUCCAGCGCCGUUCCACGGUUCUCAGCCUGGAGUGAAGCAGGGUGGUCCCUCAAAGACGGCAAAGAGGGGGAGCUGAGUACACAUGGCGACCUUUAUAGUGCUGGAAGGCUGGGGGGUCCAGCCCAGGUAAUUUACAAAGGCCAAUGGCCCAAGGCCAAGUACAAAGGAGCCGAGUUUUGAAGAGGUUGGAUCGAGAGCUAUUUUUGUUCACAUUUUUAAGGGUUUUGCCUCUCGGCCUGUGGUACCAGGAUGAGCUGGAGUUUCCUGACCCGGCUCCUCGAGGAAAUCAACAACCAUUCCACUUUCGUGGGCAAGGUCUGGCUGACCGUUCUGGUGGUCUUCCGCAUUGUGCUGACAGCUGUGGGCGGGGAGGCCAUCUACCAUGAUGAACAGAGCAAAUUUGUGUGCAACACCCUUCAGCCUGGGUGCGAGAACGUCUGCUACGACUCCUUCGCCCCCCUGUCCCACGUCCGCUUCUGGGUCUUCCAGAUUAUCCUGAUCUCUGUGCCUUCCAUCAUCUACCUGGGCUUCGCCAUGCACCGGAUCUCCCAGAUGCAGGGGUACCACAGCGCGCCCAAGAAGAAGAUGCCCAUUGUGCACCGGGGCGUCUCCCGGGACUACGAGGAGGCCGACGGCGACAACGAGGAGGACCCCAUGGUCUGCGAGGAGAUCGAGCCCCAGCCCCUGCCCAAGUCAGAGGAGAAGACCCCCGAGAAGAGGCCACACGACGGAAGGAGGCGCAUCAAGGAGGACGGCCUGAUGAAAGUCUACGUACUUCAUCUUCUGAUGAGGAUACUGUUCGAGAUCGGGUUCUUGGUGGGGCAGUACUUCCUCUACGGCCUCAGGGUCCUGCCUGGCUUCGUCUGCAGUAAGCUUCCCUGCCCGUACACUGUCGACUGCUUUGUUUCCCGUCCCACCGAGAAGACCAUCUUCCUGCUGGUCAUGUACGUGGUCAGUGGCCUCUGCCUGUUCCUCAACAUCUGCGAGCUCGUCCAUCUGGGCUGCGGCGGAAUCAGGGACGGGCUGAGGGGGCGGCGCCUGGCCCUGCGCUCUGCCAGAUGCACCUCCUUCGCCCCGCCGGGGUACCACACCGUGCUGCGCAAGGACCAAGCCAAGCUGGGCAACAGUAACGUGGCCUACCACGACACAGUGGGCGGCCUGCGGCCGGGGAGCUUCGAGAUGUCCGACAUGGUUCACCGGCAUCUCAAGAUGGCCCAGGAGCAGCUGAACAUGGCUUACCGGGUGUACGGAGAGGUCCCGGCUCACCCCAGGAGCGGCAGCCCCGAGUCCAACGGAACGGCCGUGGAACAGAACCGCCUCAACUUUGCUCAGGAGAAGGAAGGCGCCUGUUCCGAGAAAGCAGGUUUGAGAGGCUGAUCCCAGAGGAACCAACUCUUCGACCGUGAGGUUCGGAAGGAGUCCGAACGCUUGAAACAAUAAAAAGUGAUCUCAACUGGAAAGACAUGCAUUUCAUCUUGACCACCUUGGCACUAAGGACACUAUUUCUUAAACAAAACCACUGGAUACAGCUGGAAUGGUGGGUGGGAGUGCUGUUGGCAGUUCGAAGAACGUGACUACACUGAACGGUAAAACCAGUGGUGGCGGCUCGCUUGUACGAUUAGGUGCUUUUGUAUUCGGGAACAUUCCGCGCACAACACAGUUAGAUGGGUACAGUGUGUCUUGGGUGAGCUUUGAGACAGACCUAGCCUCCUCUGAACUAACAUUCUGCUCUCUGAGGUGGAAUUCCCAUCUUCCGUAAAGUGUAGGGAGGCAGUGGGUCUUCUGACCACACCUCGUACACCUCCUGGCCACCAGCACCUACAUCCUGCUCCUUUAUGGACAACUGCCAAUAGACCAAAAACUUUUUUUAUUCUACUUUUUUUUGUGUAUAUUAGUAACAACCUCUUGAGUAGCCACGGGGUUUUAAUUGCCAAUUAGUUUUUUUUAAAAUUCCUGUUGUUUACAGAUGUAGAACAUUCCAGAAUUUCGGGUGUUGAGAAAGAGCAGUGAUCAAGUGAAUUUUUAAAAAUCUUUUGAUGAGUUUGCUUGUUGACUUUGUUUUAGGACGCUGGACAAGUUUUCAUGCUUCGUUCUGGCCAAUUCCAUGACAUUUAGUUUGGGCCCAGAGGUCUGCACACUCCUGGAGUUACUAACUCCUGGAAUCCUGCUCACAUUGACUUCACUUCCUCCUCCUUGCCCCCAAAAACAUCUCUACAGGAUCAUUUAUUCAUCUUGUGCACAGUGGCGCAGCUGGUAAAGCCACUGCCUCACAGCUCCAGAGAUCCAGGUUCGAUCCUGACCUCUGGCAUUGUCUGCGUGCAGGAGUUUGCACGUUCUCCCCGUGACCGAGUGGGUUUCCCCCGGGUGCUCCGGUUCCCUCCCAUAUCCCAAAGACGUGCGGGUCGGUGGGUUAAUUGGCUGCUGUAAAUUGUCCCCUGGUGUGUAGGUGAGGGCUAGAAUCUGGUGUGUAGGUGAGGGCUAAAAUCUGGUGUGUAGGUGAGGGCUAGAAUCUCCCCACAUUGAUGGGAAUGUGGGGAGAUUAAAAUAGGUUCAGUCUGUGGGUGGUUGAUGGUCCGCAUGGACUCUCUGGGCUGGAGGACCUGUUUGUGCUGUGUGAUUAUGACUCCAAAACUACUUAAAAUGUGGAUGCAAAACUGGACAAGAAAGCUGCUUGUUUCACAGUGUUGGGCACUAAGUGCUUUGAUGUUUAUACCCCUCGGACAAAGUUCUACCACACAAUCAGCUGGUGUUCAGCGAGAGUAAAGUAUAGACCUGGUUCUUGCCAAAGGCACAUAGGGAGGUGUGGGAGAGAAAGCCAAUGGUCUUGAACUGUGGCUAAGAGAGGUCUCGACCAGAGGGAGAUAAGUCUUCUGAGGAUGAAUCGAGAGGGGGGAUUUGCAAUGAUCUGGGAUGGACAGAUGACAGGAUUGGUCUACAUGGAACAGUACAGCACAGGGACAGGCCCUUCAAUCCACGAUGCUGUGCUAGACUAAUUAAACUAGUAACUAAUCCCUUCUGCCUGCACAAGGUCCAUAUCUCUCCAUUCCCUGCACAUUCAUCUGCCAAUCUAAAAGCCUCUUAAACACCUCUAUCGUAUCUGCCUCCAACACCACCCCUGGCAGCACAUUCCAGGCACCCACCGCUCUCUGUGUAAACAAAAAACUUGCCCUGCACAUCUUUAAACUUUCCCCCUCUCAUCUUAAAUGCAUGCCCUUUAAUAUCAGACAUUUCGACCCUGGGAGAAAGACACUGGCUGUCUACCCUAUCUCUGCCUCUCACAAUCUUAUAAACUUCUAUUGGGUCUCCCCUCAGCCUCCGAUGCUCCAGGGAGAACAAUCCAAGUUUGUCUGACCUCUCCUUAUAGCUCAUGCCCUCUAAUCCAGGCAGCAUCCUGGUGAACCUCUUCUGCACCCUCUCCAAAGCCUCCACAUCCUUCCUGCAACGGGGUGACCAGAACUGAAUGCAAUACACCAGAUGAUGUAGGGCAAAGUUCCUUGGGUAGCAUUUUCCUCUCAAGGCACAGUUUGGGGAUGGUGGAUUGUAAGGAUGCUGGGUAUUUCUCCAAGGUUAUUGCGACUGCUGGCCAAUGGCUUUCCAUGACAUUCUCCAAAAACCUGAGAGCUUGUUUACCGUGUCUCAGAGAUAAAUCAACACCAUGCAUUGUGCCUUUCCUUUUGUAGAGCAUUCUCCACAUCUUGGCUUUUCACUCCCCUGUCUCUUCCUUUCCCCCUUCCCAAACACCGGUGAAUAAAAAUAUACUCUCCAAAAGAAUGGCCAGCAUUUUAAAAAAAAGUUCUGAGAUCUUGAAAAUCAAAAAAACUGAAGAUGCUAGAAGUCUGUAAUAAAAACAGAAAAUGUUGCAAACACUCAGCAGGUCAGGCAGCACCUGUGGAGUGAGAAACGAGUAAUGUUCCAGGUUUAUGAUCCUCUCUCAGAACUGGGACAGAGAGAAAAAACAAGUUUAUUUUCAGCUGUGGAGGAGGUGGGGGAGUGAUGGGUAGAAAAAGGGAAUAUCUGAGAUACGGUGAGGCCAGAUGGGUUAAUGAGGAGCAGUUACAAACAUAUUGUGCUGCUUUGUCUGUGUAAUCUGUUCAGGCUGAGGUACAUGAUCAGACCUAUACUAAUAGGAAAAGAAAAUUUGAGGCAAAGUUAUAGCCAGCAGAAAUAACUAGUUCUGAUCCAGACAGAAUGAACGAGUGAGUUAUCUGAAGUUGUAGAAAUCAGUAUUGAGUCCAGAAGGCUGCAACGUGCCCAGGUGAUGGAUGAGCUGCUGUUCCUCAGGCUUGCGUUGGGCCUCAUUGUAACAGUUCAGGAGGUCACAGACAGGCAGGUCAGAGUGGGAGUGAGUGAGAUGGUGAAUUAAACUGACAGACAACUGGAACCUCAAGGUCAGUCCUGAAGACUGAACACAGGUGCUCUGCACAGUGGUCACCCAAUCUGUGUUUGGCGUCUCCAGUGUAGAGGAGACCACAGUGUGAACAUAGAACACAGUUACACUGCAUUGGGACAAAUGCAGGGGAGUCACUGCUUCACCUGGAAAGAAUGUUUGGGUCCCUGGAGAACGGGAAGGGAAGAGGUGUAAGGACAGGUGUAGUAUCUUCUGCAUUUCCAUGGGAGAAAAGGUCCUCGACCUGAAACAUUAACUGGCUCUCUCUCCAUAGAUGCUGCCUUAACUGAUGAGUUUUUAUGAUUUCAGCCAGGUCCUUGCUGGGUUCCAUCUGUGUGUGGGUGUGUGUACAUGUACAUUAAAAAUAUAUUCCUGGGUUUUUGUACCAACACCUCCCCACCAAUGUCCCUUGUCCCCAGCCCCAUGUCUUCACCAACCCUAUUGAAUCUGUUCUGCAUGUUUAUAGGAGAAGGUUCCAAUUAUCUACAAAAUGGAAACCAGUCGGAGACACAAACUGCAGGGCUAAACGUUGUGACUUGAUGAAUCUGACACACCUAUCACUUGCUGCCUGUCACCUGCCCACACCUAACCGGAAAGGAAGCCGGCCACUAGUCAAAUGAAACCUCUCUCUUCCUUCCUCCACUCCUGGCUUUGGAAAAUACUCAGUGCCUUUGUGACUGGCUGCUAUUAAUUUUCCCUCAGUUUUUGUUUUAGGUCCCUGGUGACUCCAGGACAGGCCUGGAGAUAGAGUCACAGAUCGAUACAGCACAGAUACAGGCCCUUCGGCCCAACCAGUCUAUGCCGACCACGGUGCCCACCCAGCUAGUCCCAAUUUCCUGCAUUCAGCACAUAUCUCUCCAGGCCCCUCCUGGCAACCCAAGAUUUGUCGACCUGCCCUCCAACCACAACACCCACCCCCAACCCAAGGUUGGUUUACCAACCCUCCAACCCCAAGAUUCAACCAGCACCACCCCCCCAACCAGAAUACCCACCCCUAAUCCAAGGUUUAAUGAGCACCCACCCCCAACACAAGACUGAUGCACCAACCACUGCCCUCUUACUGGAACACCCACCACCAACCCAUUCCAACCCGAGAUUCCCCCAGCACAUUUGCCCCCAUCCCUGGCACAUCACCCACAGUGCCCCCACCUAUCACUCACCUGCAUCAGGGACAUAAGGGGCUCAAAGUGUGUCCUCAAUGACGAGCAGGUUGGUAGUCCUUUGCGUUCCUUGAACUUCCAUUCAUCUUGCUCACUCCGCAGUGUUCCCCAGAGCUCUCGCUGUUACUGCUGGCGAGCAGUCCCUUCUAUGUUACCAGAGGGUGUGGAGCUGACAGGGAAGUCUUGCAUUGGCCAAUAACUCCAGCCUCCAUGAACAAGGUUUAGCCUGUUGAUCAUCUUUCCCACCUACCCAUCCACCUUUGUAAGGUGCAUGAACCAAAGAUUAGUUUGUGGCUUACUCUUUUUUUUAAUAUAUAUUUUAGGUAAAAAUGUGUAGAUUCUUGAUCCAAUAUGUUCAAGUAGUCUUAGAUUUUGAGAGGGCUCCUCUUUUGGUGAAUGGUUUCCUUUGGGAUUUGAGAAUGUCUCUCUGAGACUGGGUUCUAUGUAGAGUUAUGUGUUUUGAGUGUUUAGGUCUGGUACAUUUCGCGACAGAGGCUCUCCGUAUAGUUUCACAGACACUUGUUCUGGUGACUGCCAAAGCUAUCCGAAGUUCUCCAGCCUGUCCUGCACUGGAGGUGAUCUCUAUACUGCCAGCAUAGAGUCACUGUGUUCUGCGGUCUCCUGUGUGAACUGUCUACUGAGUGUCUUUAAUGUUGUACUUUUUUUGUAGAGAAAUUAAACGAGAUUCUGAGUCUUA